CAAAUACUUAUCCCUAUCCUCUGCCUCUCGGCCUCACCAACUCCUGUCUCAAAAAUAGAUAACUGAAGAUAGACGCGGAAGCACUUACGACGAUGUCUAUGUCUUCGGCCUCUCCGUCUGCUGCACAUGUUCCGGUACUCGUAACAAUCUUACUAUUAACCACCAUUGCAGCAUUAUCGACAAAGGGGGAGGGGGAGGAGCCACCCAAGCCAACGCCAUGGCCGGAGCAAUUCCACUCACUUCUGGUCAUGAACUACACCGGCGAACUUCAAUUAAUAGAUCUUUGGUACGAUUGGCCCAAUGGCCGUAACUUUAACAUCAUCCAACAUCAGCUCGGAAACAUCAAGUACGACCUCGAAUGGAACAACGGUACAUCAUUCUUCUAUACCCUCGAUUCCAAUCGCGAAUGCUCCUCCGCUCAGCUGGAAGUGGGAAUUCUUCGCCCUAAUUGGCUUGACGGUGCCACCUACGUCGGUCAACGACAAGUCGACGGCUUCCUCUGUUACGUAUGGGAGAAGGCCGAUUUCAUUACUUACUACGAGGAUGUAGUCACUAGACGACCUGUUCAUUGGGUCUUCUACACUGGAAGAGCAGCACACGUGAUGACAUUCGAAGUUGGCGCUGUUCUUGAGGAUGCGAAGUGGCAGGUUCCUUGGUAUUGUUUUGAAAAGACUACUCCUGUUGCAGGUUUGGUAGAUAUGUAGCACUUUCACUUUGUAGUUUGUUUGUCAUAAUAGUUCACUUGCUUAUGUAGAUGCAUUCGGUUCCACUUUCACUUAAUAAAAGCUUGAAAUCUAUACA